CCCCUCUCCUCCUUCUCGUCCUCCUCCUUCUCGUCCUCCUCCUCUCAGGCUGUGGUUUUUCUGUGUAUGUUUCUGGAGUCCUGAGCCUGAGCUAAACAAAAGCAGGAGGCUGACGGGGCUGCUGGAGUUUGCAGAGACACGGAGGAGGAGAGAGCCUGUGCUCUGCCUGCCGCCGCGGCUGGGGGAGAUCUGGCUUUUGCAACAGCCCACCCCCUUUGAGAUCACUCUGGCCCGGAGUGGGGGUGGGGGGCAGCGGGGGGUGGGGGGGAAAGUUUGCAUUGCAAUCCCCCUGCCUUCCUCUCCUUUCUCCCGAUCAAUGCAUAUUUGCAAAAGGAUUAAGCCACAGAUUUAAGCGCCUGGAGCCCAUUUCUGCCUUGCAAAGGAGACCGGACUGAAAAACCAAAAGCCAGCUCUGAUUUCUUUUCGUCAAGUGGGAAGGUGGUUUAUUUUUCUUGCUUUUUGGAGUCAACACCCUUCCCCACCAGCCCUUAUCCCCACCCUCACCCCGCAACCCCUUCACGCCCCCCUCCCCCUCCCCACUCCCCAUCCUCCCACCAUCCUCUAAAGAGGCAAAGGGAUUUUUUUUUCUUUUGGUCUUCUUUUUUCCCGUUCCCUGUUUAUCCUGAAAAGGAUCUGAAGACAGCUUGAAGGAUAAAAAGCCUUGGUGCUUCCCAGGAGCCGAGCCGAGGAGCAGAAGAGGAAGAGCCGGGGGCUGCCGUUGCCUUUGGAGAUGGACGAGCAGCCCAGGCUGAUGCAUUCCCAUGCUGGGGUCGGGAUGGCCGGACACCCCGGCCUGUCCCAGCACUUGCAGGAUGGGGCCGGAGGGACCGAGGGGGAGGGCGGGAGGAAGCAGGACAUUGGAGACAUUUUACAGCAAAUUAUGACCAUCACAGACCAGAGUUUGGAUGAGGCGCAGGCCAGAAAACAUGCUUUAAACUGCCACAGAAUGAAGCCUGCCUUGUUUAAUGUCUUGUGUGAAAUCAAAGAAAAAACAGUUUUGAGUAUCCGGGGAGCCCAGGAAGAGGAGCCAACAGACCCCCAGCUGAUGCGACUGGACAACAUGCUGUUAGCAGAGGGGGUGGCGGGGCCAGAGAAGGGUGGUGGCUCGGCUGCGGCGGCUGCAGCGGCAGCGGCUUCCGGAGGUGCAGGUUCAGACAACUCAGUGGAGCAUUCCGAUUACAGAGCCAAACUCUCACAGAUCAGACAAAUCUACCACACGGAGCUGGAGAAAUACGAGCAGGCGUGUAACGAGUUCACCACCCACGUGAUGAAUCUCCUGCGAGAGCAAAGCCGGACCAGGCCCAUCUCCCCGAAGGAGAUCGAGCGGAUGGUCAGUAUCAUCCACCGCAAGUUCAGCUCCAUCCAGAUGCAGCUCAAGCAGAGCACGUGCGAGGCCGUCAUGAUCCUGCGUUCCCGGUUUCUGGAUGCAAGGCGAAAGAGACGGAAUUUCAACAAGCAAGCGACAGAAAUCCUGAACGAAUAUUUCUAUUCCCAUCUCAGCAACCCUUACCCCAGUGAGGAAGCCAAAGAGGAGUUAGCCAAGAAGUGUGGCAUCACAGUGUCCCAGGUAUCAAACUGGUUUGGAAAUAAGCGAAUCCGGUACAAGAAGAACAUAGGUAAAUUUCAAGAGGAAGCCAAUAUUUAUGCUGCCAAAACAGCUGUCACUGCUACCAAUGUGUCAGCCCACGGAAGCCAAGCUAACUCACCCUCAACUCCCAACUCAGCUGGUUCUUCCAGUUCUUUUAACAUGUCAAACUCUGGAGAUUUGUUCAUGAGCGUGCAGUCACUCAAUGGGGAUUCUUACCAAGGGGCCCAGGUUGGAGCCAACGUGCAAUCACAGGUGGAUACCCUUCGCCAUGUUAUCAGCCAGACAGGAGGAUACAGUGACGGACUCGCAGCCAGUCAGAUGUACAGUCCGCAGGGCAUCAGUGCUAAUGGAGGUUGGCAGGAUGCUACUACCCCUUCAUCAGUGACCUCCCCUACAGAAGGCCCUGGCAGUGUUCACUCUGAUACCUCCAACUGAUCUCCCAGCAGUCGCAUCCCGGCUGACCCUGUGCCCCCGUAGGGGCAGGGCCAGGAGGGAGGGUUUCUCAACGCUGAAGCGGUCAGACUGGAGGUCGAAGCAAUCAGCAAACACAAUAAGAGUCUCCUUCUCUUCUCUUCUUUGGGAUGCUAUUUCAGCCAAUCUGGACACUUCUUUAUACUCUCUUCCCUUUUUAUUUUUCUGGGUAGAAGCCACCCUUCCCUGCCUCCAGCUGUCAGCCUGGUGUCCGUCAUCCUCUCUCCCCUGUCCCUCUGUCCUAGAAGCCCUGGGUCCCUGCCCUCUAUUUCAUCCCUGAAGGAUAUUUUCAACCAUUAGAGGAACUUAAAGAGGAAAAAAAUACAAAGAAAAUAAUAAAAGUGUUUGUACGUUUUCAUGCUGGUGGUUUGAGGAGCCAAAUGUACCUUCUUCGGAUCCCUUGCUCCCUAUGUUAACAGGCAAUCCUUCUCUGUUUCUCUCGUUAUUCUCACUACCUCUUAGCAGGAAUACGCCACAUUGCCCUACUCAUUCCAGGCUGCCCUGCCUCCUCUUGCUCUUCCUUCCCUGGGGACGGUUCUGAUUAGAACAUCGUCCUCCCCUUCCUUCUCAGCCCCAGGUGUGCACCCGGACUGCCACUGCUGGGCUUCUCUGAGGUGCCGCAUUUUCUGGUUUCAGCUCCGCGAGAUUAAUUCCCAGGCAGGAAGUCAGGCAGCAAGAGAGGGCUCGAGGAACAAGAAAGGCAGAGUUCUUAGAGGCUUUUGCAUUUUCCUAAUAAUGACUCUUGGUUUCAGAGGCACAGUCUUUGGAGACCACGCAAAACACUUAGUAAACAUUGCUCAGAACUUACUGCAAAACCGGAUCUGAGUUAGGCAUGGUGGUAAAUGCAUCACCGAGGAGUAGAAGGUUCUCACCUUGCAACCCUUCAACUUCCCCCCCAUCACACAUAUACACACACAUGCACGCACGCACACACGUGCACUCUCACACAGUCAUUGCUUCAAAUCAGUCACAUGCCGCACAGGAAUUACCUACAUUAGUAACCAUAGCACUAUGCCUUGUGAGCCCAACAGAGGGAAUUAAUAACUCCGAAUGAAGGUCAUGGACACAGAGAAGCAAUAGGUGCCAGGGCUCCCAGACCCCGCUGGCCCGCAGCAUACACACACCAGAACGACAUACACAGGCCUUGAUCAUGAUGCAGGCCAGGCUUCCAGUGUAAACUCUUCUGUUCCUACCACCUCUAGAGCUCUCAGGGAGCCACACGCAGUACUUACAAUGUCUGUAAUGGAUUUGGUUCUCUUUUGUUUUUGUGUUUAUGUUAGGGACAUUGCAUUAAUUACCUAAAGUGUUGUUAUGGCACCACAUUCUUGUCCUGGAGCAGAAAGUUGUAUAAGAACGUGGCUCAGGCAAACUUUUUGCUUACUUACUUUGUAGACCUAAGAGUGAUGGGGAAAAGGGAGGUAAUGUUCUCAGUGAAAUCAGCAGUGAUUUUUAUUCCCUGGGAAUAUUCAAGAGAGAAGAGUAUAUACUAGCAAGCUAUUGUCUAAUGUUACCUGAGCUUACAUUCUUCCUAGCCAAGUGCACCAGCAGUAAAGAUGGCAGCUCUGUCCUUGACUAAGUAGGGGGUGGACAAAUCUCUAGGUGCCUGAUUUUCUUCAUCUGUAAAAUGGGGCUUGUUAUGCCUGGCUUACCAAGAAAUUGAUUUCAUUCAUAUCCAAUCUGUAAUUGUAAAGUCAGGGGACGUAGCAUCCCUGAGAUCAAACUGGUUCAUGCCAUAUAGGGACAAUAAAUGGUUUUUCUGUUCUAACUUCCGGUUAAUGUGAGUACCCAGAGGUCAUCACCAUGGUGACCAAACAAAAGGUAAUUGUUGUUGGUUUUGUUUGUUUGUUUUGGUCUAUUUGGUUUCUUAAAGUAGAAAUGAAGUUUCUAAAUUGGAAAAAGUGGGACCUGGUUCUCUUAGCUUGUACUUGAAUCCACUAUGUGGCCUUGUAAGUACUUAGUCCCCUGUCACAUCUACUCUGUUUGAAAGACCUCUGGGAGAGGUGUGAGACUCUGAGGGGUGAGGCCUGGCCAGCUAACAAGGGUGUGGAAAUUCUGCAUGGCACUGCAGUAAUGAUUCGAAAACCUUUGUGGGGUGUUGGGAGGUGGUGUUAACCUAAGGAACUGGAAGGUACGUGUAUCUGAAAGAAAUGCAGAGAGUAAAUAUUUGGUAUUUGGGUGUAUGCCUUGAUGACGAAGAGCAGUAGAAAGACCAUGUCUGCUAACCUGUGCCAUAUCCGAACAGGGCUUGAUAAAGAGGCUUCUGAAGGGAGCCCUCUUGUGACCGUUCCACAGUGUCUAAAACCAGUGGAGAACUUGGCAUUAGUGGCAGGAAUCUAGUGAAACUACCCACACAGGAAUCUGUGGGACGGCAUUCCCCUGAUGCGGGGCAAAGUACAAAAGAGACACAAAAAGAUUCUCUUGAAAAUAGGAAGAAUGAUUCCAGAUUUGGGUUGGAUGAUGGCCAUUUUAAGUUAAUGAAAGAGUUCAGAGCAGAGUUACCUCUGCGAGGCAGUUUUCCUCCCUGCAGUAGUUUGCACGGCUUAUCACUUCGCAGGGCAUCUUGCCCACCCAGCCCUACCGAAGGUGCUCUUUCCCACGACCCCUCCCCCGCCUCGCCCAGGCCACGC